AUGGCCGAUUCUGAGUCUGAAUCCGAAUCUCUAUCCUCUACGGGGAUACCUUCGGAAAAUAUUCUCGAAAUGGGGCUGCGCGACACCGUCGCGGGCAUAUUCAAGAAGGGAAACAUGGAGGAUUUGACGGUGAAGCGUGUCCGCAUCGCGGCUGAGAAAGCGCUGGAUUUGGAGGAGGGCUUUUAUAAGAAUGAUGCGGUUUGGAAGGCGAAGAGUGAUUGGAUCAUUAAGCAGGAAGCGGAGAAACAAGAGGAACUGGCUGCUAGGAAAGAAGAGAAGAGGGAACAACCAGCAUCUCCGGUGCCACCAAAACGAGUAGCUUCUCUGAAGAAACCCAGAGCAUCCAAGCGUUCCGCGACGGGCGCCUCGCAACCAUCGAGAAAGAGACGGCGAAUUGUUACUCCAUCGGAAUCGGAAGAACUGUCAUCCCCACCUAGUGAAGAUAGCGAAGUGGAAGAUGAAGAUGAAGAAGCACCCAGAUCACGAAAACAAGCCCCACUGGCAAAAGAGGCCUCAGGCCCAGAAAAACAGGCCCCCCAAACUGCACCACCAAAAAGAGACUCUUCGUCGGAACUUUCUGACGCACCAGACGAAUCCAAGAAGUCCUCAGAACGAGAAUUGUCGGAGGAUGACACCUCCAGGAAGGAGCCUGACGACGCCAAACAAGACGCCUCCGAAAGCGAGCUGUCCGUACUCAUCGACGACGAACCAGAACCCAAGACCAAACGGCGCAAGUCGUCAGAACCUUCGAAGGCGGGAAAAUCCACCAAGCAGAAACCAAGCAGCAAAUCCAAGAACAGCUCUAACGUCGAUCCAGACCAGGAGGAAAUCAAGAAGUUACAAGGCCAGCUCGCCAAGUGUGGGAUUCGGAAGAUGUGGUUUCGUGAAUUGGCGCCGUACGAUACGGCGAGAGCGAAGGUUAAGCAUCUCCGUCAGAUGCUGAAGGAUGCCGGGAUGGGAGGGCGGUUUUCGCUUGAGAAGGCAAAGGCGAUCAGGGAGCAGAGGGAGUUGUUGGCUGAUCUUGAGGUUGUACGUGAGGGUGCGAGGAGGUGGGGGACGAACAUUUCUGAUGAGGAAGCGGGUGAGGGGCGUCCGCGAAGACGGGUUGCGCGGGGAUUUCAGGCUCUUAGCUUUCUUGGGGACGAUGAUGGUGAGGAGACAGAUUGA